AUGGAUGAUGAAAGUGAUAUGGAAAACCAAAUACCAGAGGUGGUUGUGCUUUCAGAUUCAGAGGAUGAUAUUGGUGAUGUGAGGGAGGAUACAGUUGAGGAGAACCAAGACCCGGUUCAAAGUGACAGAAAUAGGAAAGGAAAGCAAGCUGAUGUGAGGGAAAAUACAUCUGAGGAUAGCCAAGACAAAGUUCAAGCUGAUGUGAGCGAAAAUACAGCUGAGAAGAGCCAAGACAAAGUUCAGCGUGACAGAAAAGGGAAAGGAAAGCAAAGUGAUGAAGAUUUCAUAUUGGAGGAGGAAGAGUUUGAGCAAGAUGUUGAAGCUAAGAUAGAGAUGGAUGGUAUAUGUUCUGAGGAGGAGUUGCACGAAUUGAAGUCAGAUGAUGAGUUUGAUGCUGGUAAAAAUUCCAAAGAAUUCAACCCGAAAACCAAAAUGCAAAACUUCCAAUUUGUUCUUGGCAUGGAAUUUUCCACUGUUACAAUUUUAAGGAAUGCAAUAAGGGAGUACUUUAUUGAAGGUGAUCAAGAAUAUAUAUUUAUUGCCAAUGAUUCAAAUAGAGUUAGAGUUAAGUGCAAGGGUGCAAACUGUGAGUGGAUGUUGUUUGCUUCAAUAGUUAACAAGAUAGAUGGCAAAACAAUGAGGGUCAAAACACUUGUUGACAAGCAUAGUUGUGGCAUUGUUUUGGACAAUAAAAAGCUUACCUCAACUUGGCUUGCAAAGCACUUUUUGGAGCAAUUUAGGCUAAAUCCGAGUAUGGAAUACAAUGUAUUUAGGGAGAUAACUGCAAAGACCAAGUACUCACGUGUGUCUAGCUGGACAUUUUACAGGGCCAAGACAAAAGCAAGGAAGAUGUUGGAUGGGUCUGUCAAGGAACAAUACGCCAUUCUUGAUGACUGCUAUAAAAGGUUGUUGGCUACCAAUCCUGGAUCUACUGUGAAGUUGAAAACUGAUUUGGUUAAUGGGAGAAGGCAAUUUCAGCGUAUUUAUAUUUGUCUUAAGGCAUGUAGAGAUGGCUGGUUGGGGGGUUGUAGACCUCUAAUUGGUCUUGAUGGCUGCUUUUUAAAAGGAUAUUGUAAGGGCAUUUUAUUGGCUGCAGUAGGCAUUGACGGUAAUAACUCCAUGUUUCCCAUUGCUUACUGUGUUGCUGAAAAGGAAAACACUGAGGUUUGGAUUUGGUUCUUGGAGCUAUUGAAGGCUGAUAUUGGGAGUUUGAGUCCCACCAAGGUGACAAUGAUGAGUGAUCGUCAAAAAGGAUUAGAAAAUGCAGUGGGAGCCAUCUUCAGUGGGUGUGAGGUGAGGUUUUGUGUUAGACAUCUUCAUGCUAACUUUAAAAAGGAAUAUCCUGGACUUUUACUUAAGCAACUUUUGUGGGCAGCAACUAAUACUACAACACAAGCUGAGUUUGCUCGAGAAAUGCAAGAAGUCAAGAGUGUCUCGGAUGGUGCUUACUAUUGGCUGGCAGAGAAGAACCCCACAGAAUGGACUAAGUCACAUAUUUCAGAGUACCCAAAAUGUGACAUUUUGGUGAAUAAUUUGUGUGAGAGUUUCAAUGCUGCCAUACUUGAUGCUCGCGACAAUCCAAUUAUAACUUUACUAGAGAAAAUUAGAUUUUGGUUGAUGUCUCGGUUUUAUAACAAAAAAGCUGAGUUGGAGAAGAUGACUCAACCUGUGGGGAAGAUAAUUUUGAAGAUAAUUGAGAAGCAAAAAGAGGUUGCAAAGCAUUGUCUGGUUACUAAGUCUGACAAGUUUCAGUUUCAGGUUCAAUGCAGCAAUGGUAGUGCCUUGGUUGUCGAUUUGGAAUUUAGAACUUGUACAUGUAGGAGGUUUCAACUAUCUGGGCUUCCUUGUGGCCAUGCACUAGCUACUAUCUGGUUCAUGGGAGGUACUGUCUUUGAUUAUGUCCACGGAUUCUAUAAAAAAGAAUCAUUGCAAAAAGCAUAUGGACAGAGUGUGCAUCCUAUGCCUAGUCCAGAUAUGUGGCCUCAGACAGGACUCAACCCAAUUGAUCCACCACUUGAGACGAAGCUGCCUGGAAGACCUAAGAAAGCUAGGAGAAGGGAGACAGAUGAACCUCCACCUGCUUUAAAGAAAGCUCGAAGAAUUGGAGAAAAUCGUGUGGUCAAAAAGCGAGGUCGUCCACCACUGCAGAACCCAACUGAAUCCACACUUUUAAGGAAGGAAAGAAGACUGAAACAACAUGCUAAAGGAGGAACUAGUGGUGCAACCAAUGCUCAACCCGAUACUGUCUGA